GAGACAUUUCCAUUCCUUAUAUGCAAAUGAACGGGGCGUGGUUAGCUCACAGGUCCAGAGACCCAGACCAAAGCAACAGCACCACACUGACUACUCGAGAAGAGGAAGAAAAUGGAGGAGAAGGACUAUAAGGCAAACUACUAAAUGAAAAUAACAACAUGGAAGACGUCGGUGGGCUCCAAGACUUAACUGGUUCUUAUCUGGUCUUCUCUGGUCUUAUCUGGUCCGCCCAAUGCUGCUCUUCUGAGAGCAACCGCUCUGACAGCUCUCUCUAGUCUCUACUGGGAAACAGCUAAAAGUCCUUCUGGAGGCUUUGCAUUUGAACUCCUAUGACUGGUUGCGGACUUGAAGGGAACGCCUUCCUGACAUCCAGGAAAAAGUUUUAUUGGACAGGCAGUAGAGAUCUACUGGAAACAGUGGAGAGGGAGGAGAUGAUAUGCAGCAUACGGCCCAGCCGGAUGGUUGCUGCUCCGUGUGGAACGUGUCCUAUCAGAAAGGAUCAUGCCAGCCCACAUCAAACACCUGAUCAAGAGCUUGUGAACCUCACUGCUGCAGACACCUGUGUGAUAUUCCACUCUGACUGGAACCCUCAAAAUUACCUGCAGGCUCAAGCUCAGUGUCAUCGUUUUGGCCAGUCUAAGGCGGUGGAGGUGUACCGUCUGAUCACUAGAAACUAUGAGAGGGAAAUGCUGGAUAAAGCUAGUCUGAAGCUCGGGCUGUCCCGUCCUGCAGAGCAUGAGUGGCAACAACAACGGGCCGGUCCAGCAGUUCUCCAAGAAGGAGAUCGAGGACCUGCUGAGGAAAGGAGCCUACGCCGCCAUCAUGGACGAGAACGACGAAGGCAAUCGCUUCUGCUGGACAUCGACCAGAUCCUGCAGCGAAGAGCCACCAUCAACACCAUCACCAGUUUGCUUCAAGCAGUGGCUGCACGAGAAAGACGUGGAGGACCAAGAAAUGCUGGCCAGAUUGGCAAAGACCGGAAGAUACAGAACAGAGAAGAUAAUGGAUAUUAACAAGAAAAAUUAAAAAAGUUUAUAAUUUCUUUGUUGCUGUUUACAUUUUGAAUUAUAUUUGUUAUUUUUAAAUCAAAUGCAUCUUUUUUAGAUGAUAUAUUUAUUUAGAUGUAGGUUUUUUUUGUAAUAUUAUUGUAUUAAGUAUAAUUUAUUAAA